AUGAUCCUCCUCGAAGACUCAAACGCCCUCAUCUCCUCCACCCUCACACAACGCUUCGCCGAGCCAGGCCCUAUAGACCAGACAUUUACCGACUUCGAUGGUGUCUCUUACUAUCUCGAGUCGUCCAAGAGUGGGCCCAUCUCCCUCAGUAUGGACAUCCGCUGCUGGUCUCAGCUAGAGGAGCAGGGCGCCACAGAGGUGCUCAGGAGAGAGUAUGGCGGGUUGCUUUGUGACAAGGCGAGGGAAGGGUAUAGCGUCACGUUGGAGAUUGGGUAUGAGGGGGUACCGCCAGAGGGGGCUGAGCGUCAAGCCCUCGUACAUCGCCUCUCCCUCCUAAAGCGAAACGCAAUGUCAGCCCCCUUUGAGCGGGCCUUUGCCCUCCAGUCCCAAUUAGAGGCAGCCGCAGAGGACCCUUCGGCCGCCUCGUCGUCAGAGCCAGCGCCCCAAGUUAUGACCAUCGCCUACCGCGACGACGAGGCAAUCUACAUCGUCCCCGGUGCGGACCGCGUUACCGUCGUGUUUAGCACAACGUUCAAGGAGGAGGUGGACAAGAUCUUCGGUCGCGUCUUCCUCCAGGAAUUUGUCGAUGCCAGACGACAGCCUAGCAUUCAGAAUGCGCCGCAGGUGCUGUAUAGCAAUCGGGAGCCUCCACUCGAGAUUAGGGGGGUCAGCGGGUUGAGCAGGGGGGAAGAUGUGGGAUACGUGACAUUUGUCCUGUUCCCUCGCCACUUCCAAAACCCAGACGUAAUGGCAGCAACCAUCUCGCGCAUCCAGCUAUUCAGGGACUAUCUUCAUUACCACAUCAAAUGCAGCAAAGCCUACAUGCACUCCCGCAUGAGGCAUCGCGUUGCCGACUUCCUCAAGGUUUUGAACAGGGCCAAGCCAGAGAACCAGGGGGAGAAGGAGAGGAAGACGGUCAGUGGUAGGACGUUCAGGAGGGCGGCGUAAUGCUGUGCGCUCCAUGAUGGAGUAGUUGUCAAAGGUGUGCCAAUGGGAAGGUGUGCCAAU